UAUAACUUAUAUCCUGUAAGGUUAUUCUCUGUAUAUGAGUUGUUCUUUUCAGAAAAUUUGCACUAACAUCCCAUUUUGAUGCAAGGCUGAGCGUAUAAGAGGAAGUAACGUUAUCAAAAGCUCUUCCAUUCUCAAGGCUGUGAGACAAAUUGAACUUUAUCUGCAGCAAAAACCUAAUUUGUUGAUUAUUGUAGAUCGAGGAUGAAGAACGACAGAUAAUAUCAUGAAUUCAAGUGGAAACAGUUUUCAGGCGAAGCAAGAAUCUGGUGGAACCAACAACAGUAAAUUGACCUCAAAGGCUACUACAUCAACAAGUUCAAGGCAGUGGGGAGGCUUUAAAAAUCCAAGAAUUGUACGUGUAUCGCGUACUUUUGGUGGAAAAGAUAGACACAGUAAAGUCUGCACAAUAAGGGGUCUUAGAGACAGGAGAAUUAGGCUUUCAGUGCCAACUGCAAUUCAAUUGUAUGAUCUUCAAGAUAGACUUGGUCUCAGCCAACCUAGCAAAGUUGUAGAUUGGUUAAUUGAAGUCACUAAACAUGAAAUCGAUAAGCUUCCACCAUUACAGAUACCACCAGGAUACUUUGCUCAGUUCCAAGGCGAUCAUCAUUUUGAUGCAGCUAAUUUGAGAGCAAAAUCCAAGGUAAUUGAUACAGACACAGUAUAUGGAAAAAACAAGUCGAUUGCUUCAAAUGAGCAAGAAAACCAAGAGGAAAUUGGAGGUUAUGUUCCUCAAAUUUCAGCUCAGAGUUUCUUUCCAUUAGGCAAUAGAUCUCCUAAUUUACCUGGCCUGAUGAACAACAGCAUGCCUUUCAAUUCUUACUAUCCAUGGGAGCCUAAUUCGAGUUUGUCUUUAGCUCAUUUUGGACAACCCCAAACAGAAGAAUCGUCCCAAAAUAAUUUUCCUUUAUCAUUGGCGUCAUCCUUGUCUUUGCCUUCAGGUUCUCAAGUAUACUUUAAUCCAACAGCUACAACAUUUUCACCUAUGAUUUCUCCUUAUAUGACCAAUUAUCCCAUUGAAAAUGAUCCAAGGGCGCAGUUGAACCAUUUCCAUUUCUUAAGCUCAAGUUCACAACACGUCCUUCCGAAUCCACCAGUGUCAACUCUUAACUUGAUCAAACCCUUCAGUCUGAAUGACGAUCCAAGAUGGAUUCAUUCAAGAGAAGAUGAUGAUGAUAGCCAACCACAUGAAGGCGGCGACAAUUAAUUUAGAUUGGAUCAGGAGGAAGAAAUUCUAGUAUCAACUAAGGGGCUUGGAGCCUUAAGUCCAAGAAAUAUGGGAAAUUAUACGUUUCUGCAUAAUACAAUAUUAUUUCAAAGACAAAGAUCAUGUACCGGAUAGAGCAAACAAGAUUAUGCUACUUUCCUACAUCAGAGGUACAUCAAUAUUGCAGUAAGACAUUCUAUCUCUAGUACUAUAUAUGUUUAUAAAGUUUUACUUCUUUUCUCUGCAGAACAUACUAUUAUUUAAAACACAGUUCACAUUACCACUGCGUGGUAAAUGAGUAUUCUAUUUUGCAGUU